CUCUGUCAUUGAUUCCCGCACCACCUUUCACCUUCAUGGAUUUCUUCUUCUCUAAGAUUUCUCUAAUCCCAUCGGAACCCUAAAAAUAUCCCCUAAUUUCCUCCUUGCCGGAAAAUUCUCCGUUUCCAUCACUGCUCUAACCUCUAUCUGUGUACUGAUAUAGUAUACGUUUGUUUAUACACACAGAGAGGCUUGGGGUCCGCGGUAGCGAUGAGCUGGAGGAGAGCGGCGAAGUCGUUGCAGGCACUUGUAGCUCACACCUUGCUUCUAUGGUUUACCAUCUUUCUGGUCCUCAAGCUUGAUCGCAUAAUCUUCAGCUCUUGGUGGAUAGUGUUCUUUCCUCUGUGGCUAUUCCAUGCAGUUAUUGCUCGUGGAAGAUUCUCGCUUCCUGCUCCAGCAAUUCCACAUGACCGUCAUUGGGCACCGUGUCACUCUGUUGUGGCCACGCCAUUGCUCGUCUCGUUUGAACUCCUUUUGUGCAUCUAUCUUGAGAGCUUAUAUGUCAAUCAUUAUGCAGCUGUUGAUUUAAAAAUUGUGUUUCUUCCCUUGCUGGCUUUUGAGAUAGCUAUCUUAAUUGACAACUUAAGGAUGUGCAAGGCUUUAUUGCGUGGGGAUGAUGAAGGCAUUAAUGAUGAGGCAAUCUGGGAGACACUUCCUCACUUCUGGGUUACAAUCUCUAUGGUGUUCUUUGUAGCUGCCACAGUCUUCACCCUCCUCAAGCUUACUGGUGAUGUAGAUGCUUUAGGUUGGUGGGACUUGUUUAUAAACUAUGGUAUUGCAGAGUGUUUUGCAUUUCUUGUCUGUACAAGGUGGUUUAAUCCAAUGAUCCAUCGAAGCUAUGCUAGACGGGAAACAAGUUCUUCUGCAUCUAUACAAUAUGCUGAGUGGUUGUCUUCAGAUCAAUCUGAAGAUAGAAUAUGUGGCCUACAAGACAUAGGUGGCCACCUAAUGAAAAUUCCAAUUAUUUGUUUCCAAGUUCUGCUAUGUAUGCGUCUGGAGGGAACACCUUUAGGGGCCAGAUAUGUCCCUCUUCCGGUUCUCUUCUCCCCUAUCUUUGUACUGCAAGGAGUUGCAGUUUUAUUUUCCUUGUCCAGAGUCAUCGAGAAAAUUGCCCUUUUACUUCAAAGUGGAGCUGGUACAGGAAAUUAUCAAGUGUUCGUUUCGAGGCUUCGUGAUUACUUUCCUUUUUUCCAUCAUGGAUCUAGGCUUCUUGGUUGGUGGUCUAUUGAUGAAGCAAAUCAAGAACGGGCCCGACUCUUCUAUGAUGGUGCAUCUAGUUACAAUACCUUUUGUGGUUAUCCACCUGAAAUAGUGAAGAAAAUGCCCAAGAAGGAUCUUGCAGAGGAGGUUUGGAGACUUCAAGCAGCUCUUGGUGAACAAACAGAAAUCACAAAGCUAAGUCAACAACAAUAUGAGAGACUUCAAAAUGAAAAAGUUCUUUGUCGGGUUUGCUUUGAAAGAGAGAUUAGUGUAGUCCUUCUUCCAUGUAGACAUCGGAUCCUUUGCAGCGCCUGCUGCAGCAAGUGCAAGAAAUGCCCUAUUUGCCGGGUUGUUGUUGAAGAGCCUCUAUCUGUAUAUGAUGUAUAAGCUUUAAUCCAUCAAAUUUUUUGUUGAUUGGAUUGAAGUCUUUGGUCAAAUGCUUACAGUAUCUAUCAUACAUACAUACAUGGAGGUAUGUAUCAGCACAGUUAACCAGUAGAGUUUGGCAGUUUGUUUUUCUGUCUGAAGUAACGCCUUAAGCCAGAUGCCUUAAGAUUGCAGUCCAUAAUUUACCCUGCUAUCUUUCGCUUCGGCUGUAAAAUCAAAUAUGUGUUCUUAUUUUAUGAGAAAAGCUGUAAUUAUUUAUCUAUUUAUCAGUAAAAGAAACUGGUGAGUAUAUCUUCAACCACAAAAACAUAGUAAUUACAGUAUAUAUCUAUACAAGAUGGAUGUCUUUGUUAACAAAGUGUGAAGUCUGUGGUGCAUAAGGCAAUGCUGUACAAAAACACAUUAUACUUCACUUCUCAUUUUGCUUUCAAAAACCUGUAGUUGAAGCAAGAAAAAGAUAAUUUUUCU